AUGGGUGAGCUAGAACCCGACCAAGGGCAUUUCAACCUCUCUGAAGACGACGCUCUUCAGACUUUCUUGCCCAAGUCCUUUGGGUCAACCUCGAGGGCACCAGACAUAGCCGCCCAAAUCGAACGAUGUCGGAGAGCUGUCGCGCCGCCUGGCGCUAGAGAUGGACAGCAGGGCCCUGCUGCGAAGAAGGCAGCCACAUCCGCCAGCAAUGACAGCGACAGCGACAGCGACAGCGACAGCGAGAGCGACGACGACGAUGACGAAUAUCCCAUAUCACACGAACUGGUACUUAAGACGCACGAACGAGCCGUCACCACAGUCUCCCUCGAUCCAUCUGGAGGGAGCCAUGACCCCGACAACCCUGCGCGCCUUUCGGAGCGAGAUAUGUAUCUGCGGGACAUGCACAAUACCAAGGGCCACAUCUCUGAAAUCACCACCGGAACGUGGCAUCCUUCCGAUCGAAACGUUUGCUUAACGGCGGGUACCGAUAGCACCCUUCGGAUAUGGGAUGUUAAUAAUAAGCGGAAACAGAAGGAAGUCAUCGUCUUUAAGUCGAAAGCCCCCGGCGCUGGUGGCAGGACUCGGAUGACGGCUGUCGCAUGGAGCUCUCAGGCUCAAGGCGGUAACAACAUCAUUGUCGCCGCGGCACUGGAUGGCACGCUCGUCAUGUAUAGCGGAAAUGGGCCUUUUACUCGUCCCGCGGCAGAGAUACGGGAGGCUCACAGGCCAAACGCUUGGACAGGCGGGCUAGACAUAUCCUCAGAUGGAAGGAUGGUAGUCACGCGAGGUGGUGACGAUACGGUGAAGCUAUGGGACACUCGAAAGUUCAAGGAGCCUCUCGUUACCGUUGUACACCCAUCAAGCUCGGACCAUUACCCUAUGUCGUCUAUCAAAUAUUCACCAGCUGACGCCCGGUUCCCCCUUAUCACUGUCAACUGGCAUCCCAAGAUUAAUCAAAUUGUGACGGGGUCAGCAAACUCUGAGAUUCAUGUUCUCUUCCACCCAGCAAGGUCAUCUCGCGGUGCAGUGGAAACCAUGUCUCGGGCCCCGAAGAAACGCCACGUCGACGACAACCCCGAAUUCACCAUGGACCAGACUGCGGGCAUGUCCGCCGAUUCCAUCAUCACCCCUGGAGGCAUUCUUCCCGGCUCACGGAGGGCCGGUAUCACGGGGACGGGCAAGUCAAAGGACCCCCGUCGACCCCAUAUUCCGCAGCAGACACCCUUUAUGAAAAAUGCGCCGGAUGAGAAGCACAUUACUGAAAAUAUCCCGCUUGCCCGCAUGCUUCACGAAGACCCCGUGAAGCGCUACUGA